AUGAUGGACGGAGCGGACGAGGAGGCGGAGCGACAGGCUGCGGCGGCGUCGACGUCGCAGAUGCGCCUGGGGCUCGUGGCCAACGCAGAGGGCCUUUCUUCGGCGACGACGACGACGACGACGACGCCGUCGCGUGUUGGCAGGGCGCCCGUGGCUCGGCGAUCGACGACGCUCGCGCAUUCACCGUACCCAAAGUCAUCGCCGAGGACGCCAAACCAGCGCGGGCGAGUGUCGCUGGUGGCGAAGAGAGAGGGGCUACCGCCGACAUCGCCGCAGUCGCCUGCGAUGAAGGCCGUCAGUGGCCUCCUGGGCCUGCUCUCGCCCUUUGGCUCGGGCAGGAGGGCCAAGCGCAGUGCUGCCUUUGGCGCAGACGACGUCGACGACGAGCGGGAGCAGGACGAGUCGAUGGCGCAACCGUCGCCUGCGCAAGGAUCACAGUCACAGACGGCCAAAGAGGAGGGACAGAUAGAGGAGGCUCACGAGGAAAGGGGACACGAGGGCACCGCGUAUCCCUCGCUGCCCGCACACGAGCGACAGCCACCCGCACCAGCGCAUACACCGUCAACAUUCGAGCAGGCACGCCAGGACACCCCCUCGCGGACCGGCUUUGGCGCACUGGCACGCUCUGCAAGGGCAAGCAACGUCUUUGGCGGCGGCGGCGGCGUACCCACUGCCCCGCCGCCUGUCUUUCACUUUGGCGCAGACCGGGACGAGGAGGAGGAGCAGGCGGGCAUGGCCAUACCCAGCGACAUGUCGAGUCCGCUGGCGAGGAACUACAGCCUGCUGUCGCGCUUCUUUGCUGAGAAGGCGCAGGAGGAGGCUGCCGCGCGCCGUCGCAGGCGUGCGCCCUCGUCGACGAUGCUCCACGACUUCGAUGGCGAUGAUGGCGAUGGCGACGAGGACGAUGAUCACGAAGAAACAGGACCAGGCCUCUCGGAGAUCGAGCUGGCGGGGUGCAUGCGCCUGAUCGAGCAGAGCCUGGCCGAGGGCCGGGCCAGCGAGGUGGAGCGGCUGCGGGGCGAGGCCAUCGCACGGGGCAUGGCCGACGGCAGCAUCGUCGGCCACGAGGACAUGCUGCCUGUGCAUGCGUUCGACAGCAGCAGCAGCAUCCGCCGCCUCGCCAGCCGCAGCCCCAGCCUGCCGCUCGGUGCCGCCGCUGGCGAGACGCCCGUCGGCGCGAGGGGCGCGCUCGCCAUGGCCAGCAAUGGCUCGGCGUCGCUCUUUGGCAGAAGGAGCACCGCGCGAGUACCAGCCUCGCAGUCCUUUCUCGCACCCGCCGCCUCCUCUUCCUUUUUGUUGCCGGGCGACGACGGCGGCGACGAGGGCGUGCGACGGUCCCUGGCCCAUGCCUUUGCACCGAGCGCGUAUGGCCAUGGGUCUGGGCCUGGUUCUGGGCCUGGGCUUGGCGGCAGCAGCAGCAGCAGCCGGCCUGGCGCGUCGGUGCUGCGGCAGGCGCCAGCGAGACGCCACCGUCCGCUGUACCUGGGCCCCGGCAUGGGUGCCAGCACCUCGAGCUCGCUCCUCCGCCGCCACGAGCAGGCGCACCGGCGAGCCGCCGUGGCUGCCCAGCGACGCGCGCUCCAGCAGCCCGCCACCCUCACCCCGCCCUCGUCGCAGGAGGGCGAGGCGGGCGGCGGUGGCGGCGACGAGGCGACGGGCAAGCGGCGGCGCGUCGAUGCCGAUGAUCGUACUGCUCCCUCGUCGUCCUCUUCCUUCAGCCCAUUCUCGGCGCAGGCAGACGAAAGACCGUUUUCCUCUUCCUCCUCUCCAGUCGACGCCAGGGCAGCAAAGGCACCGGUGGCUCCAACAGCAACGACAGCAGCAGCGACAACAACCGCAACAACCCCAAGCAGAACAGCAACGGCCGAUGCGAUGCUGAGCAUCCUCAGCUCGGGGCCCCAGCGGCCCGCGCGCGCUCGGCCAUUGGCUCCUGCGGCCUCCUCGCCAUCAGCAGCCGCCAGGACGGGUGCGUCUGCAGCGCCUACGUCUGCUGCGCCGCUCGCAGCCGAGUUUGUCAACCCGUACCAGCCGGCGUCGUCGCUUGGGCGCGCACCACGGCGCAGCACGCGCGAGAGCAGCAGCAGCAGCGUGACCAGUGGCACGGGCUCCGCGUCGCCCUCGUCGCUCACGAGUGCGCGCGAGAAGGAGCGGCAGCGGCUGCGCGAGGAGCGCGAGAAGCGCCAGCAGCAGAAGCAGCAGCAAAAGAAGCCGGUGGUGAGGGAGACGACGCUGGAUCUGCUCGAGCGCACGGCGCCGGUCAAGGCUGGCAGCAGGCGGACGCGGAGAGAGGCCAGUGGGAUCCGGCUCGAGGAGAGCGACGACGACGAGGAUGGCGAGGGCGAGGGCGAGAGAGGCAAGCAGGAAGACAAGCAGGACGACGGUGCAGCAGCGAGGAAAGAGGAGGAGGAGCGGCAGGAGAGGCAGAAGCAGGAGGAGGCGAGCAAGCGCAAGCAAAAGACAGACGAGAUCAAGAAGCGCAUGGACGAGCUGGCGAGCCAGAAGAAGCCGCAGCAGCUCCAGCCACCACAGCAGCAGCCACUACAGCAGCCGCAGCCGCAGCAGCAAUCACAAGCAGGCACACAGCAGCAGCAGCGAAAGUCGCUCAGCUUCAGCCCGGCGUUCGCGCCAAAGAAGCCCAGCCCGCUCUCGCAGGCGGCCACGAGGGCUGCGCCAGACUCGCCGGGCUCCUCCUCCUCGUCAGAGUCGGACCGAGAGACGGCGUUCUCGCCGCAGAAAAAGGUACCGCCGCCGGCAUUCAGCUUUGGACAGAGCAGCAAGCCUGUCGAGGCUGACAAGGCCGCUGCGUCUGCGACCGCCCAUCCACCUCCUCCAGCCAGCAAGCCGUCGCCGUUUGCCUUUACUACCCAGCCAUCAGCGACGGCGAAGGCGACGACGGGCGAGACGACGGGCGAGACGUCGGGCAAGAGCAGCUCGAGUCCCUUCUCUUUUGGAGCGCCUGCGACGUCGGCCAAGCCUGCACCCGCGCCCUUUUCCUUCGGCACGCCGUCGAGCAGCCAGUCCGCCUCCACGUCGUCCUCAGCAUCAGCACCAGCAACAGCUCCGUCAGCUCCGUCAGCUUCAGUAGCAGCACCAUCAACAGCAGCACCAGCAGCGCCAGCCACGAGCAGUACAGCAGCCCAGCAGCCACAGGCAGAGGCUCUCCAGACGCCCGUCGCGUCGCUGCCCAAAUUUGACUUUGCCCUCCAGCUCGUCGUGCCGAAAGCGAGCAAGGAAGAAGAUGACGAGGUCCAUCAAAGGGCGGCGCGCGAGGCGGCAGAGGCGUCCCUGCCGCGCUUCUCCUUUGACCUGCCUGCGACGUCUUCAGUCGCAUCUUCGGCCACGGCUGCAGCACCGCCUGCAGCACCGCCUGCAGCACCACCUGCGGCCACCAGUGCACCAUCAACGUCGACGGCUGCGACGGGCAGCAGCGCGGUGGCCGCAUCCAGCUCGGCAAGUGCAGACUCAUCCCCAGCACCGGCAGCCGACGAACAGGGAAAAGAGGGCAGCAGCAGCGGGCUCCUCUCGGGCCAGGGCGAAGGCGAGGAGGACGAGGAGACGGUCCACUCGGUCCGCGGCAAGCUCUGGAAGCUGACGAGCGGCAGCUGGACCGACCUGGGCAUCGGCCAGAUCAAGGUCAAGAAGCACCUGUCCAACUCGACCCGGCGCCUCCUCGUCCGCAGCGAGGGCAACGGCCGCGUCACGGUCAACUUCCGUCUGCUGCCCAGCUUCAAGCCGAUGCGCCAGGCCAACGUCCUCACUUUUCUCGGCUUCGACGAGGCGGGUCAGCCGACAAAUUUCCGAUGCAAGGUCAAGCUCGAGCAGUGGGCCGAGGAGCUGAACGACGCCCUCGUCAAGCAGGCACAGGGAUGA